AUGGUCUCGACGUCUCCACAAUCUGAAGUUGAGGAUCGUACACCUUCGAGGUCUCCUGCUUCUCCCAUUGAAGAGGACGCUGGUGUGGCUUCAAAGAGGAUCUUAUUAGCUGUACAAGAACAGUUAGCCUCUUUAGUUGGAGUUCUUUCGAGAGAUCCUCCUCGCAAAAAGGACGCUAGGCUUCCUAUUAAGAAGUCUCGUCUCCUUUCUCCUGCCAGGCACGAGACUCCGGCCAGAAGUGAGGCCUCCUCUUCCAGACGCGAAGUGUCCGCCAGGCUUACGGUACCAGAUAGACUAGAAAAGUCUUACAGGUCCAAACAGCUUUCUAGGCACGAACAGCCUACCAGAUAUCAAAAUCUAUCUAGGCAUGAAGAGCCUUCCAGGCACGAGACGUCUUCCAGGCAUGAAGAGCCUAACAGGCGCGAGGCGCCAGCCAAGCGCGAUGCGCCAGACAAGGAUCCUGACAGGCGCGAGACACCAGCCAGGUGCGAGACACCAGCCAGGCGUGAGGAGUCAGCCAGGCGCGAGGCGCCAGCCAGACGAGAAGCGCCAGCCAAGCGCGAGGAGCUAGCCAGGCGUGAGAAGUCAAGCAGGCGCGAGGCACCAAGUAGACUUGAAAGAGACUCUGUUCACUCAAUGAGUCCUUCUCCUAGUAGGAGUUUGUCUCCCGCAGAGAGAGAAGUUUGUGAAGAUCCUCUCUUAUUUAAAGCGGAUUCUCCUCCCGGUUUGGACAAAGAUUCGGAAGACGAGGCUAAUGGUAGAGAAGGUUUCUCUAACUAUAAAAUUUUGACAGCCCUUCUUUUGCAAGAGUAUGGAGAUUCUUUGACUCCUGCUGCUCCUCCUUCUCCUCGAUCGCUAUUUUCGAGUGCAAUUGUGCCAAAGUCUUCGUCGGUUCUGAAGAUGAGACCGACUAUCUCUAUGAAGAGAGCUCUACAGUCUCUUGACAAAUGGAUGUUGACAAAGAAGGAACUUGUCAGAACCACCUUCUGUAUGCCUCCAGCCAUACUUUCUGGAAAAAGAGGUGUGUGGUACCGAACUGGGGAGAACAUGGGCCUUUCUCUCCCAGCCUCGGCUGAAGCUGAUUUUUCAACCUUAGUUGAUUCCUCGCGUAGACACGCAUUGAACGGAGCUCGUGUGACUUGGUCUAUUUCUGAGACUGAUCAUCUCCUCAAGGGGACUCUUCCAUAUUUUGGAAGUCUUUAA